UUUCUUCCUACUUUUGGUGGACUUUUUUAGUAAAAAAAAGUACGAAAAAAAAAAAGACGAAUCGCAAACAAUAUGGCAAUACCGAACCACGCUGGUUGAAAAAAAAAUCCCUUCGCUCUCAGCUGUCCCACUGUCCGUUGACUUCUCUUGGAAUAAGGUGAAAUUUAAGUUCGGUGAACCAACAUCUUAGUUUUUGUGAAUCCUAUACAUCAAGUGAUAAUGACUACGUAUUUAGUUGUGAAAUUCCGCGACUCCACUAGAGCAAAUGAAGUAGUUCCAGGCUCAUGGUUUCGUAAUGGAGAGUGUGCUUUGCCUCUAAAAAAUAUUCGCCGUGCCGCUGAAGAGUGCACAGUUCUCAAAACGGCAUGGAGGCGCCAUGCUUGUACUAUUGUAUCAACUCACGAUUCUUAUCAAAAAGCCUUAAAAAGAAAAGAAGAAAUGGAUACCUCAGAAUCCGCUGAAGCAUUUAUUAGCAGUUGUGGGAAAAAUCUAAGAUCGGAAGGAUCCAAAAGGAUUCAGCGUCAAAAGGAUGCUAUUGCUCAACGACCAAGUAUACAGUCAUCGCUGCCGGCUUUGCACUUUGUUUCUCCAAAUGAAGAUGAUAUUGAACAGGACGUGGUCGAAACUCUCGAGCUAAGUUGUCCUGUAUUAACCAAGGGUUUGAUAGCAAAUGUUUCGUUUGCUGGUGAAUCUGAUGACAGUAUGCUGGAGGACAUUGCAAUUACCAAAACAUUCAACGACGGUCCCGUUACACGCCCAAAAGUCGCUCAUUCCCCCUGUCAAGCAAUAAUUUUCCCUCGUACGUCACAAGAGAUGUACCAGCCUAGGACCAGAACACCGCCAAGGGUUUCGCCUGAGCGACGUACGUCUUUCGAAAAAUAUGUCAUCAGAAUGCUAAAAAAUCAGAACCGAUACUUACGUGUUAUGGCUAGAGAAGUUGCCGAAGUAAAAAGUGAGCAAAAAGAACUGCGGAAGCUUUUGCUUCGUCGGAAGUCUUUAGAAGAUUUUAAAUAUUUUGAAGAAGAACUAUUGAAGGAGGACGUCAGAAAAAACCUAGUGUACAUGCUAAGAAGCUUUUUCGAAAGAAACUUGGAUGACACAGUGAGACGAAUAUGGAGAGAAGUCAUGUCUGAUGACUUAAUGAAGCUUUACACGUGGAGCGGCACGCCGAAACCCAACAGCGGGAAAGAAAAAGGACUGGCCGUAAAAGGCUCAAGAUUAUUACUAGCGGUAAUUGAAGCUGUGAAACACGGCGAAUUCGAGAGAACAACAAUUCCAAAAAUUGAAAAUAUUACCCAAAUUUUCAUAAGGAAAGCUGUCGACCGACUAAAAACUAAGCGAUAAUAGCUAACUCAUGAUCAAAGACCCAUGGUUCCCUCAUUAUGGCUAUUUUUCCUCUCGGGAAAGGGAUACCCUCUUGACCAUGACCAUGGCUAACUUUAAUAUUUGUAUUUUUGGUCUCGCUGGUUUAAUAAACAUG